AUGGGUGAUGCAACAACAAAACAUAGUACCGAGGUCCAUCGGGACUUCGUGUCUCAAACUCCAGAAUAUCACCGCAAAAGAUCACUUAGCAUCCAACCUGAUCGAGCAGACAUCGGAACAAGUCUGAGUGAACUGUGGGCUGGUAUAGCAAUCCAAGAAGAGUCCGACAGAUCAAUCAAAAUCGGCAUAGCUGUCCACGAUGGAACUUACAGUGUCGACUUUGCAAUUCAUCGUAUCAGCCUCGAUGAAGAACCUGAUGACGAGGGAAAUUGGAUCGUGAAUCACCUGAUUCCUCUACUGUCAGAUUAUAGACAGGAACAUGUUUGCAAAAUCCUAGGUGUCGGUGUCGCUGCAGAUCUCCAUGAGAAAAGCCCAAAUCUUUGCUCACGCCUAUGGGCUGAGCUCGAUAUCGUCCCGAUGGUCGUCACCUCAAAUGCGAUUUUACCAUCAAGAACAGAAAAGAAUCGGGUAUUGGAGGUAGACGAAUUGGCCGAUUCUGCCGCUCGAAAAUGUCUUGCAAUCUUUGCACCUACAAAGCAGCCUCGCUUGGCAAUCAGCUAUCGCAACGAAGUGCAACCGGACUACGGGGGUAUAAUUCAGCUAACCACGGUGGACGACUACAGGCGAUCUGUUCGAGAACCAACGUGGAGAGCUGUGCAGAAGUUCAUCAAGCAGGCAGUUGAUCGCAAAUUAAGGAUUUCAUUCUUCAGUGCAACUCCACAGGGCGGUGGGGUGGCAUUGAUGCGGCAUGCGUUAUUGAGAUUUUUGCAAAAACAAGGUGUAAAUGUUGAAUGGUUCGUUCCAAAACCUAGACCAGAUGUCUUCCGUGUCACAAAGACAAACCACAACAUCCUGCAGGGUGUGGUUCCUCCAACAGUUCGAGCCACCGACGCGCAACUCGGCAGUAUCAAGCAGUGGAUUGUCGAAAAUGCCGAACGGUAUUGGCUUGGAGAGAAUGGUCCUUUGAGAGCCCCGGAAGACGGAGGUGCCGAUGUCAUCAUUAUUGACGACCCUCAAAUGCCUGAAUUGAUACCAUUUGCCAAGAAGGAGGCACCAGAUCGCCCCAUAAUCUUCAGAAGCCAUAUAGAGGUGCGGGAUGACUUAGUCCACGAAGAAGCAAGCGCAGCUCAGCAUGUCUGGCGCAACAUGUGGUCGACCAUCCAGCAAGCAGAUGUUUUCAUCAGCCACCCUGUCAAGACUUUUGUGCCAAGCGACGUACGCAAGGAGACAGUCGGCUGGCUGCCAGCUACAACUGAUUGGCUUGACGGACUGAACAAAGACAUGGACGACUGGGACUUGAAGUAUUAUGUCCACGUAUUGAGACAAGCCUGUCAAGCCCAAGGUCUCCCACAACUGGCCUAUCCAAAUCGUGGCUUCUUCACGCAGAUUGCACGGUUUGAUCCUUCCAAGGGUAUUCCCGACCUCAUCAAGAGCUAUGCACGCUUUAGGGAACUCAUGAAGGAUGAGCCCUUGAGAAACGUCCAGCAACUCGUCAUUUGUGGCCACAGUUCAAUCGAUGACCCAGACGGAAGUCUCGUGUACGACCAAACCAUGAACGAGAUCGACGAAUUCCACUCUGACAUCAAGGAUGAUAUUGUGGUCGUCCGCUUGGGACCAAGCGACCAGAUCCUGAAUGCAAUCCUCUCGCUUUCUACAGUGGCGCUCCAACUAUCCACGCGGGAAGGCUUUGAGGUCAAAGUAUCAGAAGCCCUGCAUAAGGGAAAACCCGUCAUCGCCACGCUUGCAGGCGGGAUCCCUCUUCAAGUGGAACAGGGCAAAAGCGGCUUCUUGGUGAAAAGGGGCGACCAUGAGGCAGUCGCUCAGCAUCUCUAUGAUCUGGUUAACGACUACGACCUAUACGAGAGAAUGAGCGAAUACGCCAAAGCGCAUGUCAGUGACGAAGUGCACACGGUCGGCAACGCACUCAGUUGGCUAUAUCUCGCUUGUUCGCUCGCUGGAGGCAAGGUCUUAAAGCCCAACGAAAGGUGGAUCAAUGAUCUGGCUCGUGAGGCCGCAGAUGAGCCGUACAACGAUGGCGAACCACGUCUGCCUAGACAUCUGUCCACUUGA